UCAAAAUGUCUAUUUCAAGGUCACAGAACUUAGAAGAACCUCCUAGUAGAAAUCCAAAAAGAAAACAACGCACGAAGUUGUCAACUAAUUUGUCGAUUAGUGACAAUAAGUUCUUGCAAUAGGCGUGCUCACUACUAAACAAGAUAAAAGUAAGAAGAAGUCUCAGUCGCAACAGAAAAGGUUAGACACAUACACUAGCCUCAACAGAGACGAUGAAGAUGAUCUUAAAUAUAUACAAGAUAUUGAAGAUGUUCACAAUAAAAUUUUGGUGCAGAAUAGUAUAUCCAAAUAAGAACGUGGAACCUAAAUUGACGAAUUGGAGGAAUGAACUUAAACCGUUAGAAUUCAACCACACAGUCCCCAGUCAAGAACAAAAGAGUGCUUCCAAAUCUUUCUGGGAAAAGAUGGGUUUCAAAAAUAAAAAGAAGGAAGAACGUAUGCUACAAGAGGUUGCAGACAAAUUAGAUAGCCUCACUGGGCAGCUUGGCAAGGUCCUUGAAGAUAAUAAAAAUGUUAGAGAAAAAUACCAAGAGUUGAAAGAAGAGAGGGAUGGAUUGGUCGAUCAGCAACAGAAAUUUGUCAAAAUUAUUGAAGAUUUGACUACAAACAAACUUGAGAAGGAGAAAUCUUCAAAAUCCCUUCUGAGAGCAGAGAUUGAGUAUGAAGAAGUUAAAGAUUUGCUAGAUUCCCUUGAGAACUCAAACCAACUCCCAAAACUUCAGAAGUGAAUGGAUACAGAGGAGAUUAGGCUUGAGGAGCAGAAGAGGAGACAUGAAAUGGAGUGAGAAGACUUGUUAGUCAGUAUUAAGGAGCUAGAAAUCUCUGGAGAUGAUAACCAAGAAGAUAUUAAAGAUGAUGAGAAAUCUAUUCAGAAAUCCCAAAUGACACAUUUAGGAUACUCACCGAUCGAAGAAGGAAGUCCGUUGCUCGAAGAUUUGAGCUCUUAUUACUACUUGCUUACUAAAAAUCAAGACGUCACAUUGGAUAAAUUGCAACCUAUUCUAAAGGAUCUAAUGGAGGAAAUUGUGAUAUCUGAUCAGACAGAUAAUUGCAUUGAAGAUUUGUAUCAAAGCUUGCUGAACUGUUUAACAAGUGAAGAGAAGCUUAAGAAAGUGGCUCAGUAUGACCUAGAAAAACACUUGCAUCGAGGGCUCAGGACUACAAAUAAUCAUUUAUAA